AUGACUGUUUUUCAAAGGAAUAUUCCCAUGCCUUCACAUAUUGGUCCAGUGUUAGGACGCAGCACUUAUAUCGAUGAUAUUGCCCAUGGGGCGAAAACGUGGAACCAACUUUGUGAUGAUCUGGACGCCUUGCUAUAUCGUUUGCGUUACUGGAAUAUAUCAGUGAGUUUACCAAAGAGCGAGAUUGGAAAGCGGUCGAUCCCCUAUUUGUCACUCGAAAUUAGUGCAGAAGGUAUCCGAGCGACCCCGAAGGUUCCGAAGGGUGUUAUGGAUCUACCGUUUCCCAAAUCCCACAAAGGUGUGUUAUCGUUUCUCGGAAGUCUAAACUACUACCAUAAGUUCAUAGAGGACUUUCUGGUAGUGGCAGCAGUUCUUUAUGAACUUUCAGAAGACCAGAUGCGUCAGGGACGAGACAUUUCACGAGCUCAUGAAUCUUUCGAACUGCUCAAAAGGAAAAUCGUUGCGACACCAAUGUUAAGACACCCGGACAUCCAAAAGCCAUUUGUGGUUAUUCCGCACGCAAAUCGUUGGGUUGCUGGUGCAGUCAUAGGACAAGAAUACAACGGGAGGAUACAAUUUGUUCGGUACACGGGACGCGUUCUGAACGAUGCCGAGCUCCGGUACCACAUUGCCGAGAAGGAGGUAAUUGCUAUUCUGAAGACGUUGCAAGUCGUUUGGACGAUUCUGGAAGGCCGACAACUGAUAAUCUACGCGAGAUAUUCUGUUCUGAAAUGGGUGUUACAGUCUAAGUCAGCAGACGGGAGAUGUGUUCCUUGGGGAGUCACACUUUCACAUUGGGAUAUCGAAAUCCGGAAAGUCCAAAAGGUUGAAGAUGGACUCGCGGCUAUCAUGGGUGCAGGGAUCACACCACGAGAACAUUUGGAUGAGGCCGUCGAAACAUUGAUCCCUCUGAAGGGAUAUGUUCGAAGGCACCCAGUAGUUAGCGUUGAGAUGUUGGGAAGCGAUUUCCAAGGAGUCGUUCUGAGUUUCGACGCUGCCGCAAAGCUCUCCACCAAGAAAGGAAGCUGUGGGUGUCUACCCGGUUGGAAGGUUCUGAAAGCGAAGGGUUUCCUUUUAGAGAAUGUCACGGUAAACGAUGCCGAGUACCAUGGCCUUCUCAAAGGGCUAGAGAUGGCUAUUGAAAUGAGGUUGCAGGCUUUGGUCGCAGUUAGAAAUUCUCGAAUUGUUCUUCAACAGGUUCAACGACUGAUCAACUGCAAUCAACCACAUCUCAAAAAGCAUUUUGCCAAAGUUGAACUACUGAAAGAGAAGUUCGGAUCGUUACGUCUGAUACAUCUGAAGCGGGAGUACAAUCUGGCUGCUGAUUAUUUGACCACGAAGACUUUGAGUCUGGAUGAGUCGUGGGGAGUUACGGAUCCGGCGGAGAUUGCACAUUUGGAACACGUGUAA